AUGAAUCCACCAGAACUUGAGAAUAAAUCAAUAGAUGGAGCAGCCCCAAAUGUUACAAAUCAAGGAAAGAAAUAUAUCUUUGAUUAUCCUUGUAAUUCAAGUUAUGUUUGUACUGAUUACAUCAUUCGUUUAUCUCCAGGAACAUACAAAUUUGAUUUAUAUGGAGCAAGUGGAGGUUCUGCACGAAACAAAGUCUCUUCCUAUAGAGAUGGAAAUAAAAAUUGCAUUCCAUCAAAGAUUGUUUCUCUUCUAGGUGGUAACACUGAUUGUUUCAACAGCAAUAGUCUUGGUGGUGCAGGCGGAUACCUAUCUGCUAAAAUUACAUUAAAACAACACCUCACUGCAUACGCGACAAUCGGUGGCAGGGGAAUUUUUGGCAAAAAAUCUGAUGCUUCAGCAACUGAAUGGUGUUUUAAGAAAGAAAACAUGCAACCAGGUGGAUACGGUGGCGGAGGAAGCUCUUCUAACCAUUAUUUAGGAACAGGGAGCGGAGGCGGCCAAACCGCUGUCAAAUUUCUUGAAAACGAUCUCUGGCAUCGUGUUCUCGUGAGCGGUGCUGGAGGUGGCUGUGAUGACAGUAACUCAGAUGAUGGAAGUGGUGGUGCAGGAGGAGACUUGAUUGCACAAGGAUGGUUCAAUGAUGGUGUAUUAAUAUCCACACUUUUGGCAAAUUCCACAUUUGGAUUUUCUUUUGGACAAGGAGAAGCUGCUAGAUUUGGCCAAGCCAAUAAUUCUGAUGCUAUUCGUAUGAGUAAUAAUGCAGAUAUUGGCGGUGCUGGUGGUGGAUGGUUUGGAGGAUUCUCUGGGCAGUAUGGCACCGCAGGUGCAGGUGGAGGUUCUUCAUUCGCACUGACCAAAGGCGCUAUAAUACCUAAAGGAAAUAUAUCUGCAUAUAAUGAAUUUUAUAAUUUUAUUGAUUCUAAACCAUAUGCAUUUGACCUCAACUCUGAAUAUUUAUUUGACGAAGUUAUUCAUAUGUCAGGUAUUUGGGAAGGAAACGGCAGAUUAAUAAUAACAAUUAUUAAUAACGGUAUUUUAUUAUCAUGCAUUUGUCGGCAAUCAUUUAAUUUGAAUCUUUAUUUAUUCCUUGUAAUAUUUUCUGCAGUUUAA